CCCAUCAUUGAAUUCAACCUCUCCCCCAUACUCGUAUCCAACAAUGGCUACACCAGCCUCUCCUCAAUCCAAACCUUACCUAAACAACAAAACCCCUCAUUUCUCCACGCAGCAGCGGCUCGUUUCUUCCCGGAGCUUUUCCACAUUUCCGGUCAGAUAUGGCCGCUGUUCGCUUCCUCCUUUUCCUUCCUUUCCUUGCCUCUCUUCUUCCCUCCCUUUCCCUCUCUCAAUCCGAUGACGAAAAGGCCCUCCUCAAGCUCAAGAAAUCUAUCACCAAUGCCAAGUUGGAUUCUUGGGUCUCCGAUUCCGAUCCUUGUCAGAAGAAAUGGCUCGGUGUUCAGUGCUCUGGUGGUUCCGUCGUUGCCCUCCAUUUGACGGGUUUACAGCUUGCCGGUCAAAUCGACGUUCAGGCUUUGCUUCAAAUCCGCGGGUUGAGAGCCAUCAGCUUUAUAAACAACUCCUUCACGGGUUCCAUCCCGGAGUUCAAUAAUCUCACUUCUUUAAGGGCUAUCUAUUUGUCUCAGAAUCAAUUUAGCGGUGAAAUCUCCAAUGAUUAUUUUUAUCCCAUGGAGAAUUUGAAGAAAGUUUGGUUGAACGAAAACAAAUUCAGCGGCAAAAUCCCGGAUUCGUUGAUGCAACUCCCCAAUCUCAUUGAACUCCAUCUGGAGUCGAAUCAAUUUUCCGGGAAAAUCCCACGGUUGAAAAAUCCAGAAGUGAUUAAUUCCCUCGAUCUGUCGGAUAACAAACUCCAAGGCGAAAUCCCAGCAAGUUUCUCCAAGUUUGAAGUAAGCGCAUUCCAAGGAAACGACGGUCUUUGUGGAGAAUCUUGUCAAAACUCGGGUAGCAAAGUUGACCAGUCAGAUAGCAAAGGAGCCUCGUCGGUGGAUAAAACCCAAGGAUCCGAUUCCAAUGUAGUCGUUAUUUCCAUCGCCAGCAUUGCCGCCGUGUUGUUGUUGGUCGUAGUCGCCUUCGUUAUGGCAAAGCGGCGUAGGAGGGAAGAUGAUUUCAGUAUCUUAAGCAAAGAACCGUUAAAAGAGGAGGUUCUUCCGGUCAAGGUGUCGCAAGCCCAAUCGACGACCACCACGAAGCGGAAGAAAUCCGAUACGAGCCGCCGGAGUACUUCCUCGAAGAAAGGGUCGUCGCACGGGAGCAAGGGUGGGGCUGACUUGGUUAUGAUGAACGACGAGAAGGGUGCAUUCGGGAUGCAGGAUUUGAUGAAGGCGGCGGCGGAGGUGCUUGGGAACGGCGGGUUGGGGUCAGCGUAUAAGGCGGUGAUGGGGAAUGGGUUGGCGGUGGUGGUGAAGAGGAUGAAGGAAUUGAAUCGGCUGGGAAAAGAAGCAUUCGACGCUGAAAUGAAACGGAUAGGGAAAUUAAGGCACCCCAAUGUACUGACGCCAUUGGCGUAUCAUUUUAAAAAGGAGGAGAAGCUUGUUGUUUCUGAAUAUAUGCCCAAGGGGAGCCUCUCAUACGUCUUGCAUGGUGAUCGAGGAAUCAUUCACGCUAAUCUAAACUGGCCAACACGUUCGAAGGUCAUCAAGGGAAUAGCCGAUGGAUUGGGUUUCAUUCAUACGGAGUUCGCAACGUACGAGAUUCCCCAUGGAAACCUUAAAUCCAGCAACGUCCUCUUAAACGACGACUACGUGCCAUUGCUGAGCGAUUUCGCCUUUCAGCCAUUGACAAACCCCGACUGUCUUCCCCAGAGUCUGUUCGCUUACAGAUCCCCGGAAUACCUUCAGACCCAGCAGGUCUCCCCCAAAUCCGAUGUUUACUGCCUGGGAGUCCUCAUCCUGGAGAUCAUUACGGGCAAAUUCCCAUCUCAGUAUCUAAGCAAUGGCAAAGGUGGGAUCGAUAUCGUCCACUGGGUUCAAACAGCCGUAGCCGAAGAUCAAGCAGCCGAUUUGAUUGAUCCCGAGAUAUCACACGGUUCAAGUUCCAUCCACCAGAUGGUUCAACUCCUCCGUAUCGGAGCUGCUUGUACUGAAACCAAUCCCGAUCAACGGUUGCCGCUGAAAGAAGCCAUUGACAAGAUACAUGAGGUAAAUCCGUAAUUAUUUAACCGCCCGUGGCAGACCCAUGUUUGUUGUCGGAUACACAUACCCCCACCACAAAAGAAAAAAAAAUAUUUGAGAUUGUCGGAAAGCAACGAGACAAUUGAUACAAAGCAUGGAAGAUCGUUGUGCAUAGCAUUUUUUAUGGUUGUUUUUCAGUAAAG